AGCUGUACAUCAAUGUAAAAAUCAUGAAUGUUAACUUUACCCCGCUCUAAUGUGUUCAGUUUUCCUUGCCUUUGUUUGUUUUCUUUUCCUCAUUACAAUCCUCUGUUGCGUUUAGUUCUGGGGGUUUUGUUCCCAUUCCUCAUUUGUAAGUUCUAAAGUUAGAUUGAAGGAAAGUGCAAAUAAAAGUAUGAUUUGAAUGUGAAGUAAAUGAGCGUACGGCCAAGGUGUCUUUAAAACUUGUAUCUGACAUGCGUUACACCACUGUCGUAAAACGUCCCUGACUGCUGUUGCAAUGGCGUUUGCUGCGACAGCACUUUGCGGCAGCAGGGAAAUCGAGGAGAAAGCAGCGACAAACGUCGCCAGCGGAUACGGUAUCGCCCCAAAAACCUCCGGAUUUAUGCAAUAUUCGGUGAAGUAACUUGUAUAUUGUUUGUAUAUCCCUUCGCCUUGUGGAUGAGAUUGAGUUCGACGUUUUCCAAGCGUGAAUCUCCACCUUAAUGCGGUGGGAUGGCCACAGUGCCGCCUGGGCCUAGUAGCGCACUGCCUGCAUCCCCAGCUGAAAUUCCUCCUUUCCCCGGGGCUGGGAGCGCGGAGCCGGCGGGGGAAGACGGAGAGCCGGCCUGUCACAGGGAGGACUGUGUACCCGCCGGUACAGGGAAGGAGUCGCAGCCGGUAAGCGAAGUGAAAAGGUCGGUUAAGAAGAAGCAGAAAAACAUGCUAGCGCGAGCUAGCCCGGCGGCGCUGCACCUUAAAAUGCAAGCCCGAGAGCAGCAGCAGCUUAACGGCUUGGCCAGCCCCUCAGAGGACGCUAACAGUCACCAACACACAGGAAACCGACCUGACAAUCCGAGACCGUCCGUGGACAACUGUGACAGCAGCAGCAGCGGCAGCAGUGAGGGGGCUCCGGCCGCUAGAAACAAUAGUGAGCAUUGCCAACACGAAGGCCACAGCCCCUUCUCCAAAAACGGCAGUCACUCUCCCAUGGUUAACAAUAGCGUGAACGGGAUGCCGGGUUUCACAAGAACUGAGGCGGCCCACAGCCAUCCCGAGGACGAAGGGAAAGAGGAGUUUGACCACACGGAGCCGCUAAGACCGCCGAGCGACGAGCCGCCGGACGCUGCCGGACCCGGCGGAGGAGACAGCCCCGCUGACCCGGAGCAGCAGCAGCCACCAGCCGCAGAGCUGGCCCGGCUCGACCUGAACAGCUCUCCCGGCCGAGCGGAAGCGGAGAGCCACGGCAUCCGAUAUGUCCGCUACGAGUCCGAGUUACAGAUGCCGUGGAUCAUGAGAUUGAUCACCAAGGACUUGUCUGAGCCUUAUUCAAUUUAUACAUACAGGUACUUCAUCCACAACUGGCCGCAGCUCUGCUUUCUGGCUAUGGUGGAACAAGAGUGUGUCGGAGCCAUUGUAUGUAAGCUUGACAUGCACAAGAAGAUGUUUCGUCGUGGCUACAUCGCCAUGCUGGCCGUGGAUUCAAAACACAGAAGGAAAAGCAUCGGUACUAAUCUGGUGAAGAAGGCCAUUUAUGCCAUGGUGGAGGGUGACUGUGACGAGGUUGUAUUGGAGACUGAGAUCACCAACAAAUCAGCCCUGAAGCUGUACGAGAACUUGGGUUUUGUUAGAGACAAGCGGCUGUUCAGAUACUACCUGAACGGAGUGGACGCGCUGCGGCUCAAACUGUGGCUCCGCUAAAGGAAAGAAGAGGGGACGGGGGAGGACGGAACAGCGGGUGCUGUUCCCCUCCUACACUAUCAGCUUGACAGCCUCAGCUCUGCCCUGGUCAUUUCACUCUUAUAUAUACAAACACACACACACCACACACACACACACUCACGCACAGUACACACACACACACCUGUGUACAACCAUAAGGAGUAUGCACAUAGGUAUGCAUAAACAUGCAGACACACCCUCUUUUUGUCCUUGACUUUUGAACAACUGUCGUUUAGGCAGAAACAGACUGAAAUCCCACCUGAUGUUUUCAUGAAGGUGCCCCUGAUACUUUCUGUGAUGAGGAAGGGGCGAGUGAGGGCGGUCUCUGGGAUGACCUUAACUGGGGACUAGAUGACCUUUUGACCUUCAAACUUGGAUGCCGCAUCGACCGGAACGGGAGGUGUGAGGCAGCUCAGGUGAGGACGUGCGUCCAAACCCAAGAGGACGCAGCACCACACCAAAUCCUUCUGCGGAACACAGGACAAAACAAGACUUAAAGAAAACGACACCAUGUGAAACAAGGAAACAGGGCAGUAAAAACUGACUGGGAAGAAAAUAUUUGUGGAGUUUAUUUUUGUGUUUCUUUUUUAACCUUGUAAGUUGGACGGGGGAUGGAACAAGCUAUAGUAUGACUGCGUGUUUGUACCGCCUCAUGUUUUUUGUUUUGUUUAUUUUUUUUUCUUUUGGAAAGCGAGUGUUUGGCUUGUUUUUGUGUGCAUGUGUACGUGGCGUGGUUGGUUUUCGCUGUGAGCAAGUGAACGUGAUAGUGUGACUGUGUGAGCGCAUGCUUGGUCAGAAUCGUGUGUACUGUUGUGUGUCCUUGUUUUCCCAUCCUGUCCAGUGGGCACAGCGGCUCCCUGCUGCUGUCUCCAUCACCUGCCUCAGCCUCCAGGACUGAAGCCUGUAAAGAUAUGCAUGCAUUUAUUUUAAAUGUGAGUGCGGGAAUAAGCGUGAAGAGUGUGUGUGUUGAUUAACCCAGUCUGAGGCUAACCCUCCAACCUCUUCCUCUGUUUGGUGUUAGCAUGUUGGUGCAGAGCAGUUGAUCGAAAACAAAUCACUCCAUUAGCACCUCAAACUUUGCCCAGUCAGUGGAUCUGCCACCUUUUUCGCGUUAUUGUCCUUCACUAAAUCUCUAAUAAUCAAACCCUGUCAGAGUAUGGGUGAGGAGUUUAUUUUUAUCUUCCUAUUUUUGCAGAUCAGAACUUGUUUUCCCCAAAUGCACUGCCAGCUGCUGCAAAAUUCCCCCAAAAAGGAGAAAAUGGAGUCUUUCAAAAGGAUUUCAUGCCAAUGAUGGUGCGGUCAAACUUUCCUAGCCGUCUCAGUUUACUCCUGUUUAUUAUUCGUGUGUUUCUCCUCAUUGCAAGUGCCACUCAAUCCAUCAGAAGUCUGCAGCGAUCUGCCCGCUAACAGGCGACACGCCGCAUCCUCGGUCUGCUUCUGGUCCGCCCUCGGCACCAGGCCAGAGGCAAAGUGUUACAUAUGCUGGAUUCCUGUUUGAGUAUGCUCUGUGUGUGUGUGUGUGUGUGUGUGUGUGUGUGUGUGUGUUUAUCUCUUGAUUAAAAAAGGAAAAUAGACAAGUAUUCUUAGCAGAUUAUAUUUUAUUAUUUUGUUCGCUUUCAGUUUAUUUAGAUAUACUACUAUACACCUGUAUAACCUCAUGCUGCAGUAAGCGGCUGAGUCCACAAUGCACUUCCCAGGUGCCCUAACUUGAUGCACAACCAACCUCGCUAACAUUUUUUAAGAUCUCCAGCCCAGAACACGUCAUAGAUGCACCUGGACGUUUCAAUCCACACUAAUUAUGGCAAAGUUUGCUUCAGCCGCUUUUUUUUUUUUUUUUUUUUUUUUGUUAAAAGUAAAAUGAACAAAGGUCAGAUGCACUUCUUUGGAAAUUGCUGCAGUGUGUGUGUUUGUGUGUAGGUAUGAAUGUGUCUGUGUUUGUCAUGUUAUUUUGACAACGGUGUGGAUCUGUUCUGAUAGACUCUUAUUUCCCGACUUUCAGAGGCCCCCGCACAGGAAAACCAAUCAGUGCUUUGUUCCAGCCUAAUGAGGACAACAGGACUUGUUAGCAAUAGGAAGGAACAAAAGCACACAUUUUUUUUAAAGCUUUCCAGGUUUCGAGUUAGUGCUCGAUGUUACAUAGAUGGCAGGAGACAGAGUAGUUCAUAGCUAAGGGGAGAAUAAACCCUAAAUCUUUGAUGUUUUUUCAGAAUCUAAUUGGGAAAACAACCUAAAUCACAGGUUGUAAAUGCAAGUUUUUGUUUUUCCUUUCGUUCAUUUCAAAUGAUGCAAUUGGGAAUCUGUGUGCUUUUAUCCUGCCUGCAAUAUUCAGAGUAGAAAGCACUCCAAGACACUGCCAUGUGGCACAACUAAAAACCAAGAGUACAAUCUGCUACAAAUAUUGACUACAGAACGAACAAAAGGCUCCAGCUUAAGAUGUUUUAUUGAUUUAGGAAAAGAUGAGCUAGUCUCUACAAAUGACACUACAAGAUCUUGUUCAUGUUUUGGGUUUAUUUCCCCUUUCAGCUGAGAGAUUUCAUCCCAGGAGCCCAGGACUGGAAGGGAGAGCAGAUGUUUACAGAGUUGCCACCCACAUAACAGCCUGUGUAUGUAAGUUUGUGUCUGUGUGCAUUUGGAACAAUGGAUCGGAUGACCUUUUUUUUUUUUCUUUUUCUUUUUUUUUUUUUUUUUCAGAUUUGUAUACGAGUGUUGUUCUAUUCAUUGGAUAUAUUGAGAGCAUGUUUUUUGUGAAUCAUCUGUUGGGAAAGGGGGAGAUUUGGGUUGAUUUAUCAGAUUUGAGUUUUAUUUUUAAUUUCUGUGCUACUUUAGCCCAUCCAGAGAUGUAACCAGAGUAAUGAGCAUCCGAAAACGAUCUAGACCCUGAACACCAAUUAUUCCAUAUUUGCUGCUCAUCCUAUGCUGUUUAGAUUUCUAUUCUCACCCUGUUCAAACUCCUCCUUUUUCUGGAGGUUGAAAUCUUCUGUCCCCAUUGACACUUGUUUCCCCAUUCUUCAAUGUCCUUUCACUGUUUGGGCCUUUUCUUCUUUUACACUGACUACUGAUGGAUGAACAGACUAGAUGGGUUACACCAUAACAAAUUAGCCUAUUUUGUUCUGUCAAACCAGCUGUCAGCACAAAGAGGUGUUUUACAUUUUGAAGGAAAAGGGUCUGUUAUCUUCUUUUUGUUAAAUCCUGUGAAACUCUGGCAGUUCCAUUAGGUAUAUGGGCAUUACAGCCUGUCUCAGUGAGCCAAAGGGCUCUGUUUAGAUCAUCACAGACUGAAGGGCUUCGUCAUCAAUAUCAGUUUGUAGCCAUGGCUUGUGAUGUUGCAUAGUUUUAUCCCAGCUCUCUCUGACAAUGACUCCUCUGCAUAUGGAAUCUGUUUUGACUUGACAUGCCAGUUCAGUGUUCACAGAUGUCAGAAGCAGUCCCCCCCCCCCCCCAUCCUGGACGUCCACUACUGUGCUAUCCAGGUCGCUUCUAACAAUCCCAGCCCCACUUCUCUUUCCUCACCCACGGCAACAUCUGUCAUCCUACAUUUAAUAAAUUCCCCCAGAAACCAGUUUGUUGAUCAGAUAAUUAACAUUUGUAUUGGUAGUCGUACUGCAUCACAAAAUGUUAUGGUCCCUACAACCAACCAGCCAACAACAGGGGCUUCCUGCAGUCUUUUUUGAGAGCGGCCAGCACCGCUUCCACCGCCAUCCAAGAAGUGUGCAAAGGGGAGAGCAAAAGGUUUUUUGCAUGUCAGAUUUCUGUUCCCCCUUGUUCCUCUUCCCUGUCCCCUCUCUUGAUUUUGAUCUGGAAAUGUCCGAUAGCUUUUAUUUAAUGUGGAAAAAGAACACAGAAAUAAAUUAUUUGAUUUUUUUAAUGCUGUAAA